AUGGACCCUGGAGCUCUAGGACUAAACGUGGUAUAUACGCCAGACAACGGACAUAAAGCCGACAUAGUCUUCAUACAUGGGCUAGGUGGAAGUAGCCGUAUGACUUGGUCGAAACACAAAAGCCCUGGACUCUUCUGGCCCUUGACUUUCCUACCACUCGAGCCAGAUAUCUGCCUUGCGAGGAUUCUGAGCUUUGGCUACGAUGCGGAUUUCACCAAUGGCAGCAAUGCCACCAACGUGAUACUGGACUUCGCCAAGACUCUUCUGUACAAUCUUAAGUAUUACACGGAUGACAAGAGCGAAAAUCUGAACAUGGGUCAAGCCUACAUGCAGGGGCAAAACGAUCCAGAGUACGAGAACAUAGUGAAAGCCAUUUCAGCAAUCAUCUUCCUCUCGACCCCACAUCGUGGCACUAAUUUGGCCAACGUGCUCAACCGAAUAUUACAGUCGACUCCCGUGACAAAUUCCAAGCCUUUCAUUUCUGAGCUGACGCGGAAUUCGUCCACGUUACAGAAGCUGAAUGAACAGUUUCGUCACAUUGCACCAAAGCUGAAGAUCGUUUCCUUCUACGAGACACAGCCGACUUCGAUCGGGCCAAAGAGUGCGCGAGCGCGAGUGAUGGUGCUAGAAAGGGAUUCGUCGCUGCUCGGAUAUCCUGGAGAGACAUCCAACCCUCUGAACGCAGACCACCACGGUGUCUGCAAGUAUGAGAGCCCUCACGACCCGAACUAUAUCACAGUGAGGAAUGUUCUCAAAUCACUCGUGAGCAAGUCAAUAUCGAAGAGUCAAUCUGGAAGCCAGAGCGCACCGAGAAGGAGACGAUCAAGGGAUCUCAAAGCCAUAUUAGCUAUCGCCGAGUUCCCCAACACUGACUACAUCUUCUUCCGGGACCAAUGGGUUCAGGGUACUAACCAAUGGAUUCAUGAAGAACCGCGCUUCGUGGAUUGGCUGAAUCCUCACGUAUCCUCUCAUCAGACACUCUGGCUGAAGGGGGCCGCGGCACGAGGAAAGUCGGUUCUAAGUUCGUUUAUCAUCAACAGCCUGAUCGAGCGCGAUUUCUGCUGUCAGUACUUUUUCGUGCGGUUCGCAGACAGAAGAAAGCGCACUCUGAGCUUUCUCCUGCGUUCCAUCGCUUAUCAGAUUGCGCAACAAUUACCUGAAUUUCUGCAAAAGGUAGCGGGGGUUGAAAGCGAAGCUGUCGACUUUGAGGCUGCCAACCCGAGGACGAUCUGGGAUCGGAUAUUCAGAUCCAUAUUGUUCAAGCUCAGUCCUAGUAAAACACUUUACUGGGUCAUCGAUGGCCUUGACGAAGCUGAUAAUCCCAAAGCCUUGAUAGACCUGCUCUCUGACAUUGCUGGUUCUGCGACACCUAUCCGAGUCCUUUUGGUCAGUCGCGACACUACAGAGAUAGCUGCUGGUCUGGAGCAUACACCAAACACAAUCUUCCAGGAGACGAUCACCAUCGAGGGCCAUGUGGAUGACUUACGUUGCUAUGUUGACCGGGAACUCAUCUUGCCUGGUAGCAAGGGCUUCAGGGAUGAUAUUAUUCAGCGUAUCUUGCAUGAAGCGCAGGACAACUUUCUCUGGGUACGACUCGCUGUAGAAAAGAUCAACUCGUGUCAUACGCUCUCCGCCGUCGAGCAAGCUUUUCACGAGUUUCCCCGUGGAAUGGAAGCAAUCUACGACCGCAUGGCUGUUACCAUCGCCGAGCACCAAUCAUCUGCCGACACCGCUCUAGCGUCAGUCGUUCUUCAAUGUGUCACAUGUGCAUUCCGCGCCCUCACAAUAGAGGAGCUCUUGCAGGCACUAGAAGGUGACAAGCAUGAGUUUCUAGACAUUCAAGAGUCCAUCAAGAAUGUCUGUAGCGGCUUUGUGGUCAUUGACAAUGAUGGCAACGUCGCGAUGAUUCAUGAAACGGCUCGAGAGUAUCUGCUUGGCGCUAUCCGCCGACCUUUCCAAGCGUCGAAGAAUUUGCUCGGCUAUGUCAACAAGAGGAAAUCCCAGCUUCCAGCCAGCAUCGGAAAGAGGGACGUUGUGGAACUGGAGCAGGCCGAAGCCUGGGCAGUGGACUUCGUCAAAAUCAUUGGCAAGUUUGGCGCCAUCCUGCGACGCAACCCCCCUACGAUACACAAAACCAUUGCUCCUUUCUGUCCGCACAACUCAGCUAUCUAUCAGCAGUUUGGUAGAACAGAGCAAAGGAGUCUGAUGGUUUCCGGGAUUUCGACACAGACAUGGGACGACUCUCUCGCAAGAUUGUCAUUCGGCUUUGGUACCUAUGCCUCCUUUGUAUCUACUGCGGGAAAUUAUGUCGCUGUACUGGCCGCCUCGGGAAAAGCGUCUUUGUUCGACACCUCCCUUUUUGAGGAGACAGCGACGAGUCCCAUCAGACAUGGUGAACGUACAUACAUGAUGAAACUGAACUCUUCCGGGACAUUACUCGUCACAUACGGCUACAAUACUACGAAGAUCUGGGUAAUCUCUACGGGAGACUGCAUAGCGACAGUGGCGAACCCAGCGACACGAUCGCGUCCACUUGUCAUCGCAUUUGUGAACAACAACAGAACGUUGUUAGUUGGGUCAGACGAUAAGCAAUUACAUUCACUUGAGAUCAAGAAGCCAUCGCCGACUUGGAAUCUUGUCGCGAAUUUUGAGGAAGAGGAACUCGAAGGUCACUUCUUGAACGCCGCAAGCUACAUGGCACUUAGCGGUGACGGCAAUUUGAUGGCAGUCGCAUACCGCGGCCAUCCACUAUCCGCGUGGGAAGUGGAAGGCCCUUAUCAUAUUGGCCACUGCUGGCGCGCCCGGAAAGAAGUUGCGAGAGGCGAAGUCGCUGCAGCAAAGUGGCUCCCGCAUUCUCCGCAAGUUCUUGGACUAUACAAUGAUGGGGUAGUCUUCAGGUGGGAUCCAUAUGGAGGUGAGCCCGAAGAGAUCUUCACAGGCGCUUCAAUACUCACUGUUAGCGGAGACGGAAACCUAUUCGCAACAGGUGAUGUACGGGGUGCGAUCAAGAUAUAUACCACCAACACCUUUCACCUAAUCUACCAACUUUCAUCUCAGGACGCCAUCCUCGGCUUGGCGUUUAGCGCUGAUCACAGACGCAUCUACGACGUGCGAGGCUACUACGGAAACACCUGGGAGCCUGCAGCAUUGGUGCGAUAUGCGGAGAGUGCAAUAAAAGGAACGGAUACCGAAGGCGAGUCUGAAAGCUCCUCACAAGAGUCAAUAACGCCUGUCCAUACAUCCCGGAGGAUAGAUGCGAUCACCGUGCUCGCAGCUUCACCUAACGGUCAGUACUACUGCUACGGUACUGAAAGCGGACGCGUAAUGCUAUGCAACACCAAAGAGGUCAUGGUGACAGAACUGCAUACCUCCAAAGGCUUUUUGAGCAUCGAGCAGGUGUCCUGGAGUUAUGAUGGCCGUUACAUAUGUUUUGCCGACUCGGGCAAGAAGGUUUUCGUCAUGGCUAUGAACAUGGAUGCAUCAAGAAAUGAUGGUGUUGCGCAGCAUCAAUUCGAAGUCUCACUCAAGACCCUUACGGAUGGGUCUAUACAGCAGCUGCUGUUCCAGCCAGACUCGAGCCAUCUGUUCGUAGCUACAUCAGCAACGCUCUGCACGAUUUCACUCGAGUUAGCCUCGGUAGUGCGCUCAAUACCCGCGCCCGAACAUGACCGCAAGUGGAUUGCGCAUCCUCAAGAUCCAGCGCUGAUUCUUGGCUUUGGUCAUAACUCGGUCGUGAUGCUAUCUUGGGACUUGGACGAUUGUGGCACGUAUGGUAUCGAGAGAUCACUUGAGCCAGAUACCCCAGUACCAUCAGAUCAAGCAGCUACGUCAAGAACCGUGGAGCGCAUACUAGUCACGUCGGACAAUCAACACAUCCUCAUUCAAAUGUCGCGAAGCACCAAGUCCAAGAUAAAAGAGUUCCUCUACUUCGCGACCUCAUCGUUCUCAACAAGCACGAGCGUCGAGACUCAACCAGAAACGGUCAGCGCACAUCGACAGAUAGUCAUUUCCAUGCCCCUCCCAGAAGAAAUGGCUUCUCAAAUCGGUUUAGCACUGGCUUUCCUCAAACGCGAUCGAUUACUCUUCCUGUCACGGAAGUUCUCUAUCUGUUCCUGGGAAAUUCCGUCGGAAGCUAGACUCGCGCAACCAUCACAGGUCACGAAUCAACAAGCCCAUGAGGAGAAAGGAUUCAGCGAGAUAUUUGCAUUGCCAGCAGACUGGGUCAGCAAAGAUUGUCUCGAAUUAUGCAUGAUUUGGCUCCAAGAGAGAUCUCUUUUGUGCCCACGGAAUGGAGAGGUCGCAGUGGUGAGAUGCUCAAGCUUCAGUUGA